AUGGCAGACGCAGAGAAGGUUUACCGAGCUCACCCCAGAGACCUACCGACCUAUGAUCAAGCCACGUCAGAUGAGCUUCGCAGGAUCACCCAGAACACUAGCUGGAACUAUUCUCUCUUUGACUGUUGUUCCCCAGGCACAUUAUGCUUGACCAGCUGCUGCCUCCCAUGCCUUGCCUUCGGCAAAACGCAAUCACGACUUCGUGACCCGACACUGCAGAGCUACGAAUCGAUUAACGGUGAUUGUCUGAUCUGGUUCUUCCUCAGCCUUGGUCUUUCUCAGUGGAUCUACCAGACUAUCAGAAGAGGCGAACUGCGCAACAAGUACGGAAUUGAGGGAUCCUGCUGCGGCGAUUGCUGUGUGAGCAUGUGCUGUGGCUGCUGCGCACUCAUUCAAGAAGAAAAGGAGGCUGAAAUACGUACCAGACCUCAGGUUACAGGGUACCAAAUGGCACCUCAGAUGGCGUAUCCUCAAUAA